CGGCUGUCGGAUCACCGCCGCCGAUGCGGUGUACGCGCGGCGCCGCUCGCGUCGUCCGUCAGGUUGGCCAACCGCGUGCCGACGACAAAUCGGUGGCCGACCGACCGUCGCCGUAGCCGCGGUCGGCGGCGGCGACGGCGACAGCGACAACGGUGGUAGCAGUGCUCGUGGCGCACACGCGACCGUCGGACCGCCGUCACACACCGCCAGGGCCUGCGACGACAGUCGUAUCCGCGACCCGCGCGACAUCCGACCGUCGGACCGCGUUGCCGUCGUUUGCAGUCGUCGCGUGCGACCCGGAGCGGUGGACCCGACCCGGCAGAACCGAUGAUCGUGGCCAUGGAGAGGAAACUGAUAUCGGAGCUGAUCGAAGAGUACAAGUCGUGCACGUGCCUGUGGCGGAUCAAGGAUCCGGACUACAAGAACAAAGAGAUGAAGAACGAGGCGUACGAGUCGCUGUUGCAGCUGAUCAAAAAGUAUAACGAACAUUGCACAAUGGACGAUUUAAAACGUAAAAUAGCCAACCUGAGAACGUGUUAUUUGAGGGAAUUCAAGAAAGUCAUGGACGCCAAAAGAUACGGUGGAGUUUACGAGCCCAGCUUAUGGUAUUACAAGUCCUUGGAAUUCCUAAACGACCAACAUCAAGGCGAAGAAAGGGUGCGAUUGGGCCGCAGUUAUCCGGAUAAUAGUGACGAAGAUAACGAGUCGAACGAGGCUCAGAUACUGAUGUACGAGGACCGAGCCGGGUCCGAGGACAAGGACUCGUGUUCCACCGAACCGGAGCAACCGACGGCAGCCAGCAGUCUGCAAAUGAUCAUGGACGAAGGGGGCGCCGGGACGGGUGGCGCGAUUAGGCCGAAGAGGCGGCGGCGGAUAUUGGACGCGACCGGGCCGCCGUCGUCGGCCGCGGCCGCGGCGCAACCCACGUACCGGUACGCGCAGACGACCGCGGGCGACUUCUACGAUCCGCAAAUACUGGGCGGCGUGGGCGGCGACCCGGCCGAGCCGCCGGUGGCCGACUACUACGACGGUUUCGGCCGGUACGCGGCCAACGAGCUGCGGCAGAUGGACAGACAGUCGGUGAUCAUCGCCAAGCGGUUGAUCAACGAGGUGCUGUUCCUGGGUCAGAUGGGCAUGCUGAACGUCAACACGCGCAUAGAGACGCCGCCGACCGCGCGGCGCAAGCACGCCAAGCAAGAGCUGUCGCACCACCACCACCCCCAGAACCAACAGCACCCUUACCAGUCGGACGAUUCGACCGCUGUGCCGCCGGUCGAGUUCAUGGAGACGUCGUGAGCCACGUCGAGCCGUGCGCUCGGCUUCCAACACAGACCUUUGCGCCAACCCUCCAGCCCCCCACCCUGACAACUCGAUACGGUUGAUAAGAUCACAGUGGUAGACUAAGAUUCGAACGGUUUUGUAUCGGUUUUCGUUCGAUCGGUCGGUCUGUCUGACGACAAAUCGUUUCGCGCAACGAUGUGCGUUUAACUGCUGGAUCUUCGUCCCAUCAGAGUCGUUUCGCUGAUCUCGUCCCGAAGGGCUAAAGCUGUGUAUCAGUACAACUAUAAGCCUUCCUCCCACUGGAGCAACGCGACGCGAUGUGAUUUUAUAAAUGUCGCGUGACGAUCGUUUUUUUUUUUUUUCAUAGAACAUGAGUAAACAUAUUGAGGAUCUCCCGUUGACGCGACACAGUAGCAACUUAGUGUUAUCAGUCGCUUGAUGAAAGUUACCAUUAUAUCGCUGGUUGACCACGUUUAUUUUAUUUUAUAAUUUUGCUUAUGACUUUUAUAUAAAUAUUAAUUUAUAAAUACUAUGGCGAAAACCAAAGACGAGUGCAUCGUAACUGCGAGUAUAAACCUAAUAACCUUAAUGAUUGAAAUUCGACAUCAUCUUGUUCUAACCCGUUAGCGGCAACAGAAAUACGACAAUCGACAUUAUUUUGUGUAUAUAGUUGUACCCAAUAUAUUAUUUUUUUAUUUUUACGAAUUCGAAGACAUUAAUAUAAGGCAAUAUAAUCGUCAUCUUUAGAAGAUUACACCUGAGCUAUUCUAGUUGCCGCAACAUCGGAUAUAGUGUGCAGAUCUACAAUAUUUUUCCUAAGCAACUAUUCUUUUAGAUCGACGUCGCGUUGCCCUAGCGGGAUGAUGGCCAAAAUGUGUGCGAUGUACACGACACAAUCGGUUCGUUGGUAAAUAAUUGCGCCUUGGAUAUCAUAGGAACAGAACGAUACGUUCGCAUCACGCCACAAGUGAUGUAUGCAUGCUUUGGAUUGUUUCGUUUUCCGUGUACUGUUUGAAUUUUUUUCGCAUAAGUGUUUUUAGUACAAAAUAUUUUAAGUAAAAAUAAAAAACCAAUACGUUAAUA